CCGUCACGGCGCCGCUUCCGGCGCGCCCCGGACGCGGCCGCGGCGGCCAUGGCGGAGCUGGCGGCGGCCGAGGAGCUCGCCAAGCUCGAGUACCUGUCGCUGGUGUCCAAGGUCUGCACCGAGCUCGACAACCACCUGGGCAUCAACGACAAGGACCUGGCCGAGUUUGUCAUAAGUCUCGCCGAGAAAAAUACCACGUUUGACACAUUUAAAGCAAUUCUUCUGAAGAAUGGUGCUGAGUUCACUGAUUCCCUCAUCAGUAACUUGCUCCGUCUCAUACAGACGAUGCGGCCUCCACCAAAACCAUCCACGAGCAAAGAGGCAGUUGUCAAACCUAAAUCAGAGAAAGAAAAGUUGAGGGAACUGUAUCCAGCCCUUUGCAGGCCAGACAAUCCCAACAUCAGGAAUAUGCUGGAUGAAGACGAUGUGAAAGUGGCAGCUGAUGCCCUGAAAGAGCUGGAAGCUCUGAUGCCCAGUGCUGACAGGCCGGGCAAGCAGAGGGACAGCGACCAUCGGGCGAAGAAAAGGAAGAGGAGCCGAAGUCGUAGCAGGGACAGGAAGCGAAGGCACAGAUCUCGCUCCAGGUCCCGUUCCAGGACUUGGGACAGGAACAGGGGAAAAUCCAGGUACCGGUCGAGGAGCAGAAGUUGGAGUCCCAGUAAGGACCGCAGGGAUCGAGAGAAGUACCUUGAAAAGAGCCACGAGAGGUGGAGAGACAAGCACAUAGACCGGCCACCGGCUGAGGAGCCAUCCAUCGGGGACAUCUACAACGGCAAAGUCACGAGCAUAAUGCAGUUCGGGUGCUUUGUGCAGCUGGAAGGACUAAGGAAACGCUGGGAAGGCUUGGUCCACAUCUCAGAGCUGCGAAGAGAAGGACGGGUUGCCAAUGUUGCUGAUGUUGUGAGCAAAGGACAAAGAGUGAAAGUCAAAGUGUUAUCUUUUACUGGAUCCAAAACAAGCCUGAGCAUGAAGGAUGUUGAUCAAGACACUGGGGAAGACUUGAACCCAAACCGUAGAAGGAAUCUGGUUGGAGAAACCAACGAAGAAACCUCCAUGAGGAACCCAGACAGACCCAGUCACCUGUCCCUGGUGAACGCCCCCGAGGUGGAGGACGACAGCCUGGAGCGGAAACGCCUCACCCGCAUUUCUGACCCAGAGAAGUGGGAGAUAAAACAGAUGAUUGCAGCUAAUGUGCUUUCCAAGGAAGAGUUUCCUGACUUUGAUGAGGAGACUGGGAUUCUUCCUAAAGUUGAUGAUGAAGAAGAUGAGGAUCUUGAGAUUGAGUUAGUUGAAGAAGAGCCACCAUUUCUUCGAGGUCACACUAAACAGAGCAUGGAUAUGAGUCCCAUUAAAAUAGUAAAGAAUCCAGAUGGUUCCUUGUCCCAGGCUGCCAUGAUGCAAAGUGCCUUAGCUAAAGAGAGGCGUGAACUGAAACAAGCCCAGAGAGAAGCAGAGAUGGAUUCCAUCCCCAUGGGCCUCAACACACACUGGGUGGAUCCUCUCCCUGAUGUGGAUGGAAGACAAAUAGCUGCAAACAUGCGAGGCAUUGGGAUGAUGCCAAAUGAUAUCCCAGAGUGGAAGAAACAUGCAUUUGGUGGCAACAAAGCUUCUUAUGGUAAGAAGACCCAGCUUUCCAUCAUUGAACAGAGAGAGAGUCUCCCAAUCUUCAGACUGAAGGAGCAGCUGAUACAAGCUGUGCAUGACAACCAGAUUCUGAUUGUUAUUGGAGAGACGGGAUCUGGGAAAACAACCCAGAUCACCCAAUACCUGGCUGAGGCUGGAUAUACCUCCAGAGGGAAGAUUGGAUGUACUCAGCCUCGCAGAGUGGCUGCAAUGUCUGUUGCAAAGAGGGUGUCAGAGGAAUUUGGUUGCUGCUUGGGACAAGAGGUUGGCUACACCAUUCGUUUUGAAGACUGCACCAGCCCUGAGACUGUCAUCAAAUACAUGACAGAUGGGAUGUUACUGAGAGAGUGCCUGAUAGACCCAGAUCUCACCCAGUAUGCCAUCAUCAUGCUGGAUGAGGCCCAUGAGAGGACCAUUCACACAGAUGUGCUUUUUGGGCUCCUGAAGAAGACAGUGCAGAAACGGCAGGACAUGAAGCUGAUCGUGACAUCAGCAACGCUGGAUGCUGUGAAAUUCUCUCAGUAUUUCUAUGAAGCACCAAUCUUCACAAUUCCUGGCAGAACAUACCCAGUAGAAAUUCUAUACACAAAAGAGCCUGAGACAGAUUAUUUGGAUGCCAGUCUUAUUACAGUAAUGCAGAUCCAUUUAACAGAGCCACCAGGUGACAUUUUGGUCUUUCUAACUGGCCAGGAAGAGAUUGACACUGCCUGUGAAAUCCUCUACGAGAGGAUGAAAUCUCUAGGACCUGAUGUUCCAGAGUUAAUUAUCUUGCCAGUAUAUUCAGCUUUGCCCAGUGAAAUGCAGACCAGGAUCUUUGACCCAGCCCCACCAGGGAGCAGAAAGGUUGUCAUUGCCACCAACAUUGCAGAGACAUCUUUGACUAUUGAUGGAAUAUAUUAUGUGGUUGAUCCUGGCUUUGUGAAGCAGAAGGUUUAUAACUCCAAGACUGGAAUUGACCAGCUGGUGGUGACACCGAUUUCCCAGGCUCAAGCCAAGCAGCGUGCAGGCAGGGCUGGCAGAACAGGCCCAGGAAAAUGCUACAGGUUAUACACAGAACGUGCAUAUAGAGAUGAGAUGCUGACCACCAACGUGCCUGAAAUCCAGAGAACAAAUCUGGCCAGUACAGUGCUCUCCCUGAAGGCUAUGGGCAUCAAUGAUUUGCUGUCCUUUGACUUCAUGGAUGCUCCCCCCAUGGAAACUCUCAUUACUGCCAUGGAGCAGCUCUACACCCUGGGAGCUCUGGAUGAUGAGGGGCUGCUCACUCGACUUGGGCGCCGGAUGGCAGAAUUCCCCUUGGAGCCUAUGCUGUGUAAGAUGUUGAUCAUGUCUGUGCAUCUGGGAUGCAGUGAGGAGAUGCUGACCAUUGUCUCCAUGCUGUCUGUGCAGAAUGUGUUCUACAGGCCAAAGGAUAAACAAGCACUUGCUGAUCAAAAGAAAGCCAAAUUCCAUCAAACAGAAGGUGACCACCUCACGCUGCUGGCUGUGUACAAUUCCUGGAAGAAUAAUAAGUUUUCAAAUCCCUGGUGCUAUGAAAAUUUCAUCCAGGCCCGGUCCUUACGCCGGGCUCAGGACAUUCGCAAGCAGAUGUUGGGCAUCAUGGACAGGCAUAAGCUGGAUGUGGUGUCCUGUGGGAAGGCCACAGUGCGGGUCCAGAAGGCCAUUUGCAGUGGCUUCUUCAGAAAUGCAGCCAAGAAGGAUCCCCAGGAAGGCUAUCGGACACUCAUUGACCAGCAGGUUGUCUACAUCCACCCAUCCAGUGCUCUCUUCAACAGGCAGCCUGAAUGGGUGGUGUAUCACGAGCUGGUGCUGACCACCAAGGAGUACAUGCGGGAGGUGACAACCAUCGAUCCUCGCUGGCUGGUGGAGUUUGCCCCAGCUUUCUUCAAGGUCUCUGAUCCAACCAAGCUGAGCAAGCAGAAGAAGCAGCAGCGGCUGGAGCCCCUCUACAACCGCUACGAGGAGCCCAACGCCUGGAGGAUCUCCCGCGCCUUCCGCCGGCGCUGAGCCCGGCGCCCUCCUGGGCUGCUGCUUUCACACUGCUGGCACUGGGACCUCUGCACUCUGCCAGGGUCCUGGCAGACAGACAUUCCCCUGCAGCUCACCUGUGCAAUGCACCUGCAGUCAGCCUUGGGGCACCCCAGGUGUGCAGCAGCUGCACAGGCCACUGCAGCCUCUCUCAAGUGCGUCUUGGAGCACUUUAGUGAUUCCCUUUUUAAGAGACAAAAUCUAAGACUCAGGAGUCUGGGUACUGAGCUGAACAACACCAAAAAAUGGUGAUUAAAAACUGGUUGUUCACCAGCCUGACUGGGUUCUGAGUGACCAGAGAAAUAGAAGCGGGAAUAGUUUGUGUUUUUACCCUGCUAAAAGGGAUUUAUUUCUGCUUAACGUUCUUGGUCAGUGACUGCUUCUUGGGAGCAGCCUGUUCUCUAUUUUACCAAAUUUAUGCAUUUUCCCAUGCAGUGUAACUACUUGUAUUUUAUUUAAGCCAUCUGUAUGAGAUAUUUAGUGUCUCUGGCUUUGGGAUAAGGUAGGUAAAAUUCUUGAAACCCAGCUAGAAUAUAUUUGGACAAUGGCACAGGUCAGACUGCACUCUUCAUCCCCAUCUUCUGGGUGCUGAAGGGUUUAUCAACCAGUAAUCCCUUCUGCAGCACAGUUCCAUCUGGAAAUGUAAGUGGUUACAAAUGUUUAGACUUUUUAUACAAUGUGCCAUAUGCUUUCUUUUCAUUUAAAAUGUUUGGUGACAUCACAGCUGUUGCAUUUUUGUAAUAGAAUGAGCUCUGUACAGCCAAAAUGUCUGUAAAAAUUAUGUAACAGUUUCUUGUUUUAAAAAGAAGUUGACUGCCCAGUGUAUGCUAUGUCAUGCCCAAGCUAUCUGUAAAAUAUUUUUUUGUUGCUAACAGAUGAAAUUUAUUUGACUCCAUAGCUGCAGAAACCUUUUUUUUUUUUUUUUUCCCCCAAAGCUGGGACAUGUGCUAAAAUUACUGUUGAAAUUAAGAGAAGUAGCUUGACUGGUUGUUUUACACAGUGAACUAGAAGAAUGUUUCACAUUGAAAAGUAGCUAUGUUGGAAAUACCUCUCUGUACAAAGUUGAGCAGGGAUGUUGUUAAAUGUCCUGAGCUUUCCCUCAUGUUAUUUCAUCAUAAAAUUAAAGGGAAUUACAAAGUUUGUAA